AUGGCGACACCAAGUAAAUCCUUAAGUAUUAGAAAAGCACAAGUGCCAGUUUCAUGUUAUUUCUGUAAAGGACAAGAAAUCAAAUGGAAAUGUGAAGAUUGCGAUGUUCGCAUGUGUAGCUCUUGUAAAGUUUCUAUUCACCAGGGACUUAAAUCUGCACAAGAUCAUGACGUUGUUUCUAUUCAGGAUAUCAGCAAGUCAUCACCAGGAUUACAGGAGAUAAAGUCUGUAGUUAUUUCAUCAGUUUUCAAUUCAUACACAACUACUCUACCUGCUGUUCAUACUUUACUUUGCUCGGAUGACGAUUUGCUUUACUUUUGCUCUAACUUGAAACAGUUCGAGGACAAUCAAUUUGUGAAAGGAAAACUUUUAAAAUCAUCAAUUAAGAUAAUGCAAACGUUAAACAGAAAAAUAUUUGACUUUGCAAUAAACAAAGACAAUGUAAUACUUUUAGUUGAAUUUCAUGACCAUAAGAUUCAAGUUUUAUCACCUUCAGGUGAAGUAAGGACUGUGCUGGAUACUUCACCAAUGACUUUAUUGGCCAUACAUGUAAACAAAGAUAAUGAAGUAAUAGUUGGAUUUAGAGAACCAGGGCCACCGUUUCCCGUCCGCGAUUUUUCAGUCAGACAAGUUAUAAUUUUCGGUCGAGAUUAUCAACGAAAAAUUACAUUAGAAUUUGACAAACAGGGGAAUAAAUUGUUCAGUUACGCAGCUCGCAUUCGUACUGAUUCUAGAAAUAUUGUUUAUGUCAUUGAUCGUACGGUAAGUCAUUUAAAUGGAAGAAUUGUAGCUGUAGAUAGAAAUGGCCGUUUGAAGUUUAUCUACGACGGUCAAAUGGAUUUAGGAACCUUUCAACCAAAGGGAAUUGCUAUUACAUCAAGUGAUAACAUUGUAGUUGUAGAUGCAGUAAACGCUGCACUACAUGUUAUUAAUUCGAAAGGAGAUUUACUUGGGUUGCAGUUUAUUUUCAAAGAUUUAGGCAUCAAUAAUCCCUAUACUUUAUGCUUUGACACUGAAGGUUAUCUAUUAAUCGGAUGCGCUUAUGGCGAAAAUGAGGACUUCGGUAAAAUCCAUGUCGUUAAAAUGGUAGACAGUCUUAUGUAA